GCUUUGGUGGCCGCCGUGUACGCCGUAGGAGAUGACUCAGUUGCCGAAGUUUUGCGCCAAGAAGCCGAUGUCCAUCCAGAAGGAUACCACUUCAACUACGAAACCUCCAACGGUGUAAAGGCUGAAGAACAAGGAGCCCUCCAAGGCGAAUCCUUGGCCGUCCACGGUGAAGUCAAAUACACUGCCCCCGAUGGCACCCCAGUUCACCUGACCUACGUCGCCGACGAAAACGGUUUCCAACCCCAAGGAGCCCAUUUGCCAGUUGGCCCAGCCGUACCUGAACACGUCCUGCGAGCUCUCGAAUACGUCAGGACCCAUGCACCCAAAGAAGUUCCCGGACAACAGAAACAUUUCUAG